AUGUUCGGCGUUUUGAUCCGGCGUCAAGAGCAGCAGGAGGAACUCGUCAAGAGCGUCCCACAGCUGCUCGCAGUGAGCAGGAGUCUGGACUCCUUCCUUGUCGCCAGAAGGCUCCGCCUUUUUUUGGACAUCUGUGAGGAGUGCAAGCCGCCGAUGCCAAAGAAGACCUUCCAGGCUGUCUGUGACUUUGUGUUCAAACAGGUUUUACCACUUGGUACUUCAGUCCAACAGUUACAGAAAUGGCCCAAGGUCAUGGACCGGUUCAUAGCCCAGGUCUGGAAGUCACAAAGCCCAGAGGUCGCACGACAGAGGCGGAUCCAAGAAGGAGCAGCAGCUGCACAGGAUCAGGUAGCCUAUGGACAUCAGCGGCUCAGCACAGAGCACCGUGACGUGUUGGUGGAGGCUUUUAGCCACUUGGUCUGCUGCUCUCCCACGGACGCCCUCGACUUCUUGCAGACUCAGAUGAAGGACGACACCGAAUAUGUCCGCGUGGUCCUGCUCAGGCACCUCAAAGCCGUCCUUGUGAGCGAUGACUUGUGCGAGAGCAGAAGCAGGAAGCGGCCGAUCGUGGACGCUGUGAAAUGCAUUCUGGAUGAUCGCCGUGAAGUGGUGAUCAAGGCCAUCUUGGACUUCAUUAAAGAGCUCCUCCGCUCCCGGAACGUCGAGGGCUGCGCCGUGUGGGACAUGGUGGCCUACGUCUUCCAGCAGUUCAGCCAUCCGACUGGCCAGCCGGGAGCCAAAGCCUGUCCCCCUAGCCAGAAAGAGAAAGAAGGCGGCGUUCAAGAGAUCUGCGUUGACGUCUUGGAGCAUCUGAACACCUCCGCAGAAGGGAUGAGGAAAAUCCUGUGGCCGAAGCUUCUGCACUUUGUGGUCCCGGCUGCGUACAGUCCGGCCUUGAGACCCCUCUGCCGGUGCCUGAAAGAACUGGCCGUCGCACAGCAGGGAGAAUCGGCUCUUUUUCUCGGUUCUUGCAAAGGAGUGAAGCUCCCCAGCGCUCAAGGACUCUUUGCAAGGCUUCUGGUCCUGGCCUCCAACCCCAACCAGACAGGGACGUGGGCUUUGCAGCUCUUGCACGCCAUGCGGGGCAACAUCCACCCCGCGGUUGACAAGCUGUGGGGGAUGCAGAUGCCCUUCCUUUGGGAAUCCAUGCAAGGUAAGGCGCCGGGUACCAGGAGUCAGGAACGGGAGCAGAAACUGCUGCAGUUCCUGAGAAGAUCCCUGGAGACCAUUGCUGACAGCAACUGGACUAGGAACCUGAGCUGCGAAUUUGAAAGCCAGAUGUCCAGCUACACCGAUCAGUCGGCAGAAAAGAUUUUCCUGUAUAAAUCUCUGGGCACUUCACUAACAAGUUGUGAGGAUCUGCCCUUCGUUAACAGUCAGAUUCAACACGUUGUGGGAAACGCCAACUAUCUGGAAGCGUCUGAGAGGGAGAAGGUGAUCUUGGUCCUUUCCUCCUCUGCCGUGGGCCAUUUUGACCUCACGUUGGCCACACUGCAGAAGUUCGGAGAUGGGCUGGAGAAGAAGACGAAGGUGUCUGAAGUCAUCAGCCACUACAAGGACUAUUACCAAGGCCGGAGGGGCCAGAUCCACCAAACGCUGAUGCUCACGUAUGGUAAAGUGGCGCUCUGUGCUCCAAAGGAACUCCUCUUCUCCCGGGUGGAGACUGAUAUAAUGAAGCGAGUUCUGCAGCAUUACUACAACAGCGGGCAGGUGCUGGGCGUUAGCAUUGCAAACAAGGACAUCAGCCUGAAGCUGGCCUUCAUCCAGAGCAUGACGGACAUCAGCCACGCCCUCCACGAGACCCGGGAUGGCCAGGGCUUCCAGUUAACCUGCAAAAAGGAGCUCCUCGGGGUCCUGCUGGAUUUCAUCCGGGAAGAGCCCUUGGAUGCUCUAACGACUCCAAUUCGCCCCAAGGCCAUCCUCGCCCUCGGAUGUCUGAGCAAACUGAAGCCGUGUUUGAGCUUGGACGACCAUCGGGACCUCCUCGACCAAAGCAUCAAGAGCCUGUUUCCUCUUCCUCCCUUGGAGCAGCUGAAAGGGGGGAUGGGAAAGGACUCUGAAUACACAGAGGUAUGGGGGUUCUUCGAGUCCCUGUACGAUGAUUCCGUAGAGGCCCUCGGGGAACUCAUGAAGGCCAUCCUGGAGGAAGAGCCAACAUCUGAGCUGGUGGACGAAAUGUUCCAGCUCAUCGACCCCUGGUUUACUGAAACCGAAUGCAGCCGAGAACGAGCUUUGCACGCCAGCUUUCAGCUGCUCGCCGCUUUUCGAGGAAGCAUCCAAGUCGGCAGUGGGGAAGAUUUUCAACAGUUUGCGUCCCUGGUGGCCCUGCUUGCUCCAUUCACCUGCGAUUCUUCCAGCCGGUGUCGGCAGUGGGCGGGCAAAUGCAUCACCUGCCUUAUUCACAUACAAGCUCGGUCAGGAGGAGUCACCUCAGAGGAAGAACAAGAGAUGUUGUCUGCCUGCCAAGAUUUACAGUCUGAAUUUCCCAGUGUUCUGUUCAGGGCAUCAUCAAGAAUGGCCAAGGUGGUCAGUGCCUACUUCCCACCAGACCAAGCCCUGGAUUUCAUCGAGGCCAUCCUGGAGGAGCUGGUGUCCGGAAACGAAAUGUGCGCCGUCGCAGCUGGGUCUUGGUUGCUCACGAUCCUGCAAGACUGUGGUGGGGCUAUGGAAGCACAGGUCUCGACGAUCCUCGACAUCUUCUACAGCCGCCUGCCCACCAUCAAGGAGGAGUCCUUGCGGCAGGUCCUGGUGGACGCCAUUUCUAUCGUGGCACACUAUCACUUGGACGCGGUGUUCAGCAGCCUCCUGGGACGGCGCCUCCCCAUGGACAGCGAGACAGGGGAACUCUGGAGGUCUUUAGGCAGGGACCUUUUCCUGGCUGUGCUGAUUCUCCACCGGUUAGCCGCCACGGUCAUGCAGCCGCCCAGCUCAGAGACGGUGUCAGCCACGGGCAGUGACGAAACCUUGGUUUUCGCCGACGAGGAGCCUCUCAAAGCCACCUGUGCCAUCUAUGAGGUCAUGUCCAUGCUGCCAACUGGGGAAGUCAUCCAGGAGUUGUUCCCGGCACUGUUCUGCCCUCUCCUGCAACAGGUCAGCAAAACCCUGGGCCAGAAGAUGCCUUCUUACGAAGGACGCCGGAGACUGUUCCUGAGAGAACAGCACCUGAGUGAAGGCAACCCUUGCAGGCUUUCCGUGGCCAGCCUGAAGACUCUGCUGUUGAAGCUGACCUCUGAGCCAUCGCUAGUGGAAACGGGGGGAGUGAGUAUGUGGGUUUUACUGAGGGAUCCCAGCACCCACCAGGAGGGGGUUUGUCUGCUGACCAGUCAUUUGGUUCAGAGAGGCCUUCUUGACAAGGAGAUCAUUGAACAUGUCCUGUCUUGGAUGAAUUCAGGGUCCAAAAAUCUGCGUCUAACCAGCACUGCCUUCUUUGUGGAGGCAAUCAGGCAGCCCACAGUAUCCGAAAGAGAACAACUCAAGACCAUCUUCCCCAUCCUGCUAGAGAGGGCAGGGGACCAGCAUCCCAGCAUCCGCCAGAUGGCAGUCAGAGGUCUCGGCAACGUACUCCUCGUGGCUCCUGACAAGGUGAAGGAAGAGAAAAAGAUCAUUGUGAAGAUUCUCCUGGAUGCUUUGUACGAUGCCCAGGUGGUGCGAGAGAGCCUGCAGGUGCUGGCUGUGGUUCUUCCUCACCUGAAGGAGAAGGACGUUUGCUCAUGCUUUAAAAACAUCACCAUGAAGACCUCAAGCUACCUGGAUGACGAUGAUGCCGAUCUUCGCUGUGCUGCGCUGCGCCUCUUUGGCAUCCUGGCGGCCUCGGCCAAACCCAGAUUCCAGGUGUUUUUUGCUGACCAAGUGAGGAAGAGUCUGGUGCCGCUCCUGAUUCACCAGCAAGAUCCCAGCCCCCAGGCAUCGGAGGCGUGCAGAGUCGCGUUUCUGCAGGUGGUGCAGUUUUUACCCAAGAGGAAACUGAGAGCCUGCCUGGAUGAGCUUCGUCCCGCCACCCUCUUGGACCUCCCGUAUCUGCAUGUCUAUAUCUGCAGGCAGCUGGUCAAGGCCAACCCGGAGAUGAGGGGGGAGAUCUUGCAAAAGACAGCGGCCUAUUUCAGAAGCAGCUGGGAGGAGACCCGGACGGCGGCCCUGGACCUGUCAGGAGUCAUUCUGGAAAGCAUGGAGCUGUCAGACAUAGACGAGACAUUUCAGCUACAAUUGCUGGACUGUAAGAAAACGGGUCCUGGGUCAAAACACAAGUUCUCACCUCCAUGGCUUAGCGCUGGCAAAGGUCCUCUUCAGGUCUUUGCCACCAGGGUGAAAAUGAACGAGGCGAUCCGUGUACGAAAAGAAUGCGGGACACACAUGGUCUUCCGAAAGCCAGACGCGAACAUUUUGAGUGACACAAAACUCUUUGUCGGACUUAAGUGUUGA